AUGUAUGGAAGGAACCGACCAGCAUUUGACCAAUUCCGAGAUGGACUAUCGACACUAGGUGUUCUCAAAGCAAUCCAGCAGUACCCUGGGAGUUUCAAAGCUGCUUUCUGUGAGGCUGCCCUUCCCCUUACGGCUGCUAUGUUUGAAAACAAAGAGACUGUAUUGUAUACCAGAAGUGAAAUUGGCUCGAAUAAAUACAACCUUGAGAGCAACAUAUUAGCAUAUUUUGCUGAUUUUCUCCAGGCCGCGGAAGAAGAAGAACUGAAUAUAACACUAAGUCAAAUACUGAUGUUUAGCACAGGAUUAAAGGAAAUUCAGUUCCUGCAUGAUAAAGAGCUAGGCAAAGAUGGUGCAGAGGGUGAGCUCUCUCGAUUUCCAAAGCCCAAUACGUGCAGCUGUAUCCUACAUUUGCCUGUUGUACAUAGGUCUUAUGAGAACUUUAUUCAGGAUAUGGUGUUUGGAAUUGUUAAUGCCAAACAUUUUGGCUAUGCAUAA